AUGUCUUCCAAUCUGAGGAAGACCCGGAUGAGAAAGUAUACUGGUACACGGCGGAGAGGAAGCAGGGAAACAUUUAGAGACAAGAAGUCUCUGACCCAGGAGGACAGUGCAGAUCUCAGGUGUCAGCUGCAGUUCUCUAAGGAAGAGGCCACCCUCAUGCGUAAGAAGAUGGCCAAGCUGGGGAAGGAGAAGGACAAGCUAGAGCAGGAGAUCCAGCAGUACAAGUCAGUCUACGGGGACGUGGACAGCCCUCUACCCCUGGCAGAGCUCGCAGGUGGUGGGCCCCACAGCACCAGGGAGGCCGAGCUACGGCUCCGACUCAAACUGGUGGAGGAAGAGGCGAAUAUUCUGGGGAGGAAAAUUGUAGAGCUGGAGGUGGAGAACCGAGGCCUGAGGGCUGAGAACGAGGACAUCCGUUGCCAGUACGAGAGGGACUGUUUCGGCCGGGAGCCCUUCAGCAGCAUGCCCUCCUCCCCGUACGGCGGAGACGCUCUGGAGUCAGCCGGGGAGCUGCGGCGCCACCUACAGUUCGUAGAGGAAGAGGCAGAACUUCUCCGGCGGUCCAUCUCGGAGAUCGAGGACCACAACAAGCAGCUGACCUCCGAACUGAACCGCUUCAAGUUCGGCCCGAGAGACGAGGAGGUCGAUGUCGGAGUGAUGAUGAUGAUGAAGUCCGGUAAUGGGAGUAACGGAGGAGGCGGGGGUAACGGAAGCGGUGUGGUGAUGAUCGAGGAGCUGAAGUCAGCCAGGAUGCAGAUAAAUGAGCUCAGUGGGAAGGUGAUGAAGCUGCAGUAUGAGAACAGAGUCCUGAUGUCCAACGUUCAGCGCUGUGACCUGGCCCAACACCUGGGCCUCCGCACCAGCUCCCCGCGGGACAGCGAUGCAGACAGCGACACCGGGCACCGCGACACUGCAGAGGAGGAAGAAACUGGGAGGCUCCUCUUACUUCACCCCAAGAGAGAGGGGCCUGUCGGUGGCGAGAGUGACUCGGAGGACCUCUUUGAGAAGACCACCACGACCUCGGGGUUUGGAAGUCACAAGCCCUCGGACGAGCUCAGCGGGCUCAGCGCCACCGAACUAUCUAAUCGUAGGCGAGAAGACCGCGAGACGUUCACGAAUGUCAAACGAGAAGCAGAGCGCCUUGGGAAGACCGUAGAUCGUCUCAUUAGCGACACGGACAGUCUGAUCUACGAGGGAAAGAUUUUAAUAACAGGAGGGGACAGUUUGAGUCUGGCUCUGGAGGGGUUUAAAGAAGACACCACCCGCCUCCCCGAUCCCAAACCAGACUCACAGGUCCUGGACACGAUCAACACCCGUAUGAAGGCCUUCCGCACAGAGCUCCAUAUCUUCAUGGAGAAGGUGGAUCACCUGGGAGAGGGCCUGAGGGAGAAGGGAGGUGACCGGGAUCGGGGAGACGACCUGUCACCCUUGCCCAACCUCACAGAGUCCAGUAGCUUCCUGUCUGGGGUCACCUCCAUGUCACGAGACUCGCCCAUCGGCACCCUGGGACGCGACCUGGUCACAGAUUUCCAGUCACGGUCCGGUGUGAGGGAUGAGCUGGAGUGGCGUCUAGGACAGGAGCGAGCCGUGGAGACCCAGGGCCAGAGCCAGGAGGGUCUUCCUCAGGGUCCGGCCCAGAACAGGGGAGCCAUCCUGAGACACACUAGAUACCACAGACCCUUCCUGGCUUCUUUAAGACUGGAGGAUGAGGAACGGAGGCGGCUGGAUCCGCAGGGUGUGAGGCCCAGGGCGGGUCUGGAUCUGACGGGCCUGCAGGCCCACGAGGCUCCCUGGGUCCAGGAGAGAACCCUACUGCAGCAGGAGGUCCAGUUGUUCAGACACAACACCGUCAUCUUCUAUAUGAAGCUACGCUGGAUCCUCAUGCACUGGAGGCUGGGGAAGAGGACAGAGACCGGGGAGGAGACAGCACACUCAGAGUUGGAGGGUAUUCCAGAGCUGAUCUUGGAGCACGGAGAGGAAGAGACGGAGAGAGAGGACAGGGACACGUCGUCUACCCAGCUACCCCAGAGAGACGGCGCCGAGCCUGGCCCCACAACCCAACUCCCCUCCCCUGAACGCCUGCAGAAUCAGACACAGGUGGGUGAGAACCGUAGGGUGCUCCAGGCAGUGCGCUCCCUGUUAGAGGAGUUCAGGUCAGAGUUGAGGGAGGAGGAGAGCAGGAGGUGCCAGCUGCAGCAGAACUACGCCAACGACAAGGCUUCCUGGGAGGUCAAAUGGGCAGAGAUGAAGUGUCACGUUGCUCAGCUGGAAGAGGAGAGACAAGAAGAGAAAGGAGAGGUGAGCGGAGAGGCCAGAGGAGAGACGCAGGGAGGAGGAGGAGGAGACUCAGACUGGGCCUUUAAACAGGAGCGAGAGGAGCAUCGUUGCCUCCUGGCCGAGAGCCACAGCACCUCCCUGGACCUCCACUGGAAGCUGCAGCAUGGAGAGAAGAGGUGGGGGAGGGAGAGGAGAGACCUGCUGGAACGCUUCGACCGGGAGAGACAAGAGUGGGACAGCAACAUGAGAAACAUGCACCACAAGAUGGAGAGGCUACAGAGAGAGCUUAACGUACGGAGGGGCAGCGAUGGCUCACCAUCCGACGUCAAAGAAGGGGAGAGAGCAGGAGGACACAGAGGUGUCUUUUCCCCCCAGAAGAGCCCAUGUAAGGCCCCUCGCUCCCCAAGGUCACCACGCUUUACUCGCUCUGCCAUCCCAGGCCCUGUUUCCCUCCCCACCCGCUCCCACUCGGACUCGGAGGCCCAUGAAGAGCAGGGGGCUGUAGUGAGGUUCCGAGGCCCAACGGAGAACCUUUUCCUGGACGCUCUGACACUGGACCCCCUGGGUGGCCUGAUGGCCCCACCUCCCUGCAGACUGGACCCUGACAAGAGGUUCCCCUGUAUGAACCAGGCUCUGAAUGAGAUCCCAGACAGAGAGGGCCCCUCUAUGUACCAAGAGGAGGAGGAGGAGAUGGGUUUUGGCAGCCUGCUCAGGGCUAAGUCGGUCUGUUCUAUGAGUGACUUCCAGCGUCUGAUGGACAGCUCUCCCUUCCUGCCUGACAGGAGUCGUCACGGUGACCGUGGCCGUGACGACGUGACUCCGCCCCUGUCACCUGACGACCUGAAGUACAUUGAGGAGUUCAACAGUAAAGGGUGGGACUUCCCUGUCCCUGGCCCCUCCCCGACACCAGGCCACCACACCCCUACAGCCAUGGAGGCCUGGGCAGAACGGCCCGCUUCAGAACCGUUCCAGCCGGCCUCGUGGUCCCUAACCACCAGCGUGACUUUGACCACUAACACCCAAUCCAGCCACGAGCCCCCCUGCCCACCCCAUCACCAGCGCUCCCCACUCAGGGGCAACGAGGGUAACAUAGGAGGGGGAGCAGGGGUCCACGUCUCCCACAGCCCCACCCGAUCCCCCGGGCCCUCCGAUCAAGACUACCUGUACCCCAAAGGAACCUUGGGGCAAGGGGGUGGGGGUGUUGGUGAGGUAGGGGGUGCCUCCGGGAUUGGGGGGGUAGGAGGUCCAGACGAGGUGUUUGGUGAUGGUAGGUGGCCUCCUUUCUGUCAUAAGGAGUUAUUAGAGGGUGGGGGGGGACUGCGGGGUCCCUCUGUGGGGGGUCCCAUCCCCACGGUGGGGUACGCCUCGUCUCUGGAGCUGCAGCUGUCACGGAACCUCAGUGAUGACAUGAAGGAGGUGGCCUUCUCCGUAAGGAACUACCGCUCGGGCACCUCGGACCACCUGGAGCAACAGAGACAGCUCCGAGAUACGGCGUGUCAGACAAAUGGUUUCACCACUCGCGGAACCCAGACCACUCAGACCAUCAGCGUGGGCUUACAAACAGACAUCCUCCGCACCCUCACCAGCUCCCCCCACCGCUGCCUCACCCCUAAAGGAGGCAGCUCUACACCCAUCUCCUCCCCCUCCAGAAACAUCCGUAAGAUACAGUACUCUCCUGUGGUCCAGUCCAAGUUCGAGCGUCCAUGUUGUUCUCCUAAGUAUGGCUCUCCUAAGCUCCAGAGGAAGCUGUCAACAUCAUCGAAGGCUGACCUCCCAGGUGGGGCCUCAAGCUCCGCGGCCGGCCCCAGGGCCCCUACCCCUACCACCCCCCAGAAGGGUGCCUCUGAGUCGGCCUGGGCUCGCUCCACCACCACCAGGGACUCUCCGGUCCACACCACCAUCAACGACGGCCUGUCUUGUCUCUUCAACAUCAUAGACCACAGCCCCGUGGCCUACGAACCCCCGCAGUGCAAAUUCACCAAGUCCCCCAGCCGCACCCGAACCGCUCCCCCUGACCCCUCACCUCCUGGUGGACCCGGUGGUCCCAGUCUACCCCCCUCAGACCCCAAAGACCCAAGAUACCUUGGAGCUGUCCAGGAGUUUCUGAGGAAUGUCCGCGGGCGUUCUCCCAGCCCGGUGCAGCUGAUAGUAGAGGCCCAGGGAGGGCCGGGGGGAACAGGGGGUGAGAGGACACCAGAGGUGCUCAGUAUACGCCAGGACCUGUCUGCCCCGCCUGGAUACACCCUGGCAGAGAACGCAGCCCGUCUGCUGAACAAGAAGCUGUUGGAGCAGAGCUUCAGGGAGGAGAAGAGGCUGGGGUCUGGAGGGACUGGUGGGUCCUCAGCCCAGGGACAGGGAGGAUACACGAGAGAGGGGCGACAGGCGGAGGGAGACAGGAACCAGUCGGGGUGUUUGGAG